AUGAUAGUCAACCAUGCUCAGAUUAUUCAUUUUCUUAAUAGAACAUAUUUGCCUAGUGAUCCAAUGAAUGAAGAAGUCUAUGAAUGCAAAUCUUUGACCAACAGCGACAUACUUUCAAAGGUUUGGAAAUAUAACGAUUUAUUUGACAAAAAGACCGUUAUUUUUUUCGGCAAACGAUAUGAUUUAGCAAAAAAAGUACUGAAUUACUUGCCUCAAUAUCAGUUGUUUGUUCAAAAUCUCAAGAAGGAAAGACACAACAUUGUAGGCUAUGCAAGAAAAUCUUAA